AUGGAAGGUCAUGCUCGUUUACCUUUAGAAAUGGCUAUGCAGCAAGAAGCUCAUACUCGUUCACCUUUAGAAAUAGCUCUGCAGCAAGUUUAUGCGCCGAUGGCUGCAAGAUCUCUCGCACCUCCUGACGUCAGGCUGCCGACAAUAGCGUUUAUGCCUUGGUAUCUGAGACCGAACAACCCCAUUGAGUAUUUUUACUCUCAGUCACGGAUACUCAAGAUGUGCCUGAGGACCAGGAAGGGUGCAACUCAUCGAUUGCAAGUUCUCGAGUUAGCCGGAAUUGAACGUAUCGGGUCAGCGCUACUCCGGUUGAAAUUAUCUGCAAAACGUCAGGAUUCUAAAAUGAGGCGAGGUCACAACCAGCAGGACUAUGGAUUUCGGGAACCGCUGUUAUCGUUCUUCGCCUCGGGUAAUUCAGCGAUACCAAUGCCUGCUCCCGAAUUUGAAAGCCAGGUCAAUGGUAAAGAAGGGCGAGCAACUCGAAUCUCAACAGAGCGCCAUUCGCCAACAGAUAACACCGGAAAUCGGGGAACUAUGCAAACACAUAAGUUCGGCUCCGUUAUGCGGACAAGUUCACCGCCAGAAAACGAAGCACAAUGCUUACCCCUGGUCAUUGUCGCUGCGAGACUGUUGGGCAUGCUGAAAGGCUUUUCGGAUAUCUCCUUUGCGAAACUUGUGUGGCGGUCCGUGGUUCCUUCCACGGGUUCAGACGGUACUUGCAUGGAACGACAAGGAGUGCACCAAACGAUGGGAUACCGGAUUAAUAAGUCAGAGAAAGGGCUUGUCGGGCCACGUCAUGCGCGUGUCAAUGAUGACGUUGGGACGAUGUACCUGACUCUAGCUACGUCUGUACCACAGCCGUGGAACAAGAUGUCCCACUUAUCGCGUUUCUGGACGUAUUGGGGUUGGGAGAUUAAUUAA